CAGGAGACAGGGCCUUGAGGCCUACGAAAGGUUGCUAAAGAUGAGUUAUGAAGAGCAAGUAAAUAUAUGCCCAUGGUUAAAUGGAACAUUUCGGAUAAGUGUGUCGAGUUGGCCCCGAAUAUAAAAGAAUGUGAUAAAACAAUACACAUCUCCUUCUCUCCACGGGGAACCCUAGAGACCAAUAAUGAAUCUACACAGAAUGUAAUGUUCUUUAUCAAAAAGACCGGGUAUUUGAAGCAAUGGAUAGUUAACAGCAAUAACAAAAUUCAUGAUGCUCUCUGGGCAGAGGAUAUAGAUUUAUGGGGAUAUCCUCUCACGACUCACGAGGCGGAACCUAGAAGACGCAGAAGAAAGGAUUAAUACGCACAUACGCGACAGAGGACUGGGUUCUACGUGUUUGGCAGACAUAUACACAUAAGUCGUCUUUGUUCC